UCUAGGGCUGCGUGGACGCGACGAUCGCUUGCUCUCACGAUGCUCAUCUCGGAGGUACUUAGUGAUCCAGGGAUCGGCAAUGUGGCUACAGUGAAUCCGCUGCGGAGAAUCGAGCGCCUGGUUUGCGACAUCGAGCAGGCGUCUCCGGGAAUCGGUGUCGACACUGUCGAAGAGCUCCAAGAAUGCGUGCUCGGCCUCAAAUCCGAGCUCUCCGAGGAGCAGCGGCUGCAAAUCUGGAAGCUGAGCUACCGGAUUUGGAACACUUGCGUGGAUAUCGCCAACAGCAUCCAGCAGCAGCAGCCGCCAGGCCGCGCAGCGGUGGAUUCCUCGGCGGAAUAUCACGCGCGGCUUCGUCAGAUCGCUAGCGAGAUGCUUUUCUUGGCCGGUGCCGUUGGAUCCAUCCGCUCGAGCACUCUCAAGAUGGCCACAUUCUUCCUUAGAUCGGGCACGACCUGGCACAAGAUCCGGAACUACAAAUCGGCGGCCGGCUGCUUCGAGCGAGCCACCGAGAUCGUCUCCAGAGACAACGUCUUCUCAUCGAUCGGCACCAGCGAAGAGCAGCAGUUCAUGUUUGAUCUGUGCCUUGCGCGGUCGAGAACAGCGUGGGAGAUGUCUCACAAGGCGCUGGCUUCCAGUUUGCUAGGGAGGGCCCGUGGUUUUCUCCAAGACUCCCUGGAGAGGUAUCAAGAGCUGGCGGACGUGUAUCUUCUCUACGGGAAAUCACUCCUGGCGCUCCAGGACUCGGAAUCAAAGGCGGAGUCCGUCAAGUACGUGGAGCAAGCGUAUGAGAUUUGCUCCGAGGCGCUCAAGGGAUCAUGCAAGACCAAGAGCGAGGAGCAAACUGUCACAAGCCAGAAGCUCACAAUUCUCAGGUACAUUGCCGCUGGGCAGCUCCAGAACGGGAACUUCGAGGGAGUUCUCAAGUGCGUUUCGGUUCUCAAAGGCUCCUCGGAUCAUCCUAGCACGUCGUUCCUGGCGUUCAAGGCUUUGCUUGGUCUCAGCCGCUUCGAAGAGGCCGAGGAGGAGCUUAUAGCGCUCAUAUCUCAUGACAAGGCUGCGGUGGAGGUGUGCCUCUCCGCUUUGACGUUCUUGAUCGAAGAGACGACGCAGCAGCUGGACGUUGCAAAGAAAGCGUUCUUCGUUUUGCUUUCGAGGUUUUCAUCCACAGCCGAAGUCUGCGCGAGCAUAAUUGAGAAGUUGCUGAAGCAAGCGUCACCGACUGAUCCUAUGAGCCGGAAGAGAGUGGAGGUGGCCUUGUCAAUCGCGACGGACGACAGAGUCUUGAAGAGAUUCAAUGCUUGUGCUGGGCCGAGACUGCACAACCCGUUGCUGCAUUGCCGGAAGGAGCUGGAGUCCAUGCAUGCGCUUCUCUGGAACUGUGGCUCGGAUUUCUUCCAGGCGAAGGACUAUCCUACAGCCAUCAGAUUGUUCGAGGCUGCCAUGCAUUAUCUGCCAGCGGAAGAAGAAACUACCAUGAGAGCGAAGGCAUUGCGUGUUUUAUGUCUCUGCUAUCUUGGCCUCUUGCAGUAUGACAGAGCUGCUGAAUACGUUGACGCAGCUGAAAAGCUUGAACCGAACGUGUCGUGCAGUUUUCUGAAGUUCAAGAUAUGUCUACAAAUAAAUGACGAAGUCGGAGCAGCGAAUCAAGUGAGCAAGAUGAUAAAAUGCGCAGAUUUCGAACCAGAAUAUCUGACACUGGCAUCACAUGAAGCUGUGGCAUGCAAGAACAUUAAGGUUGCGGUCUCUGCUUUGUCGAACAUGUUGGUCAUGAUCUCGUCCAAUUCUCGACCUCCAGCAGGCACUAAAGAGGUGACCGUCUUCAGGAACUUGAUUUUUCUCGCUUUGCAAGAUCUGAAGUGUCAGGACGAGGCAGUGAAAUACUUGAAGCAGGCACGGCAGCGUCUGCAGGAAACAGGAGCUGAAACUUUCCUUGGAUCCGGAAGCAGCGCAGAGAAAGAAGCGAGCUGGUUUGCUGGGUGCGCAUGGAACCAGGGAUUGGCUGCGGCAAAGACUCAGGACUGGAAAACUUGUGAAGAGCUUUUUGCCUGUGCUUCGGACUUUUAUGCGUUGCUUUCGGAUACGGCAGAAAAUUUGCAGUCACUAGAGACAUCGCUGCUUCUGACCGUCGCUGCGUUGCUCAUGAUAUGCAACGAGUCCGAUACAGAGAAGCUGAAACUGGCAACGGUCUACAUGGAGAAGUGUCGCAAGGUGCAUGCUUCUCUCUUGCUGAAGUCGCCAACUUUUGCAAGCACCGACUUCUACAUGAACCUUUUGGCAUUUGAUCUCAAAGGCAAGAUGAAGGAGUACAAGGAGCAGCUAGAGAUUAUGUACCGUUGUGCAAGCUUGCCUGGAUUCAAGCCAGACUACUUUUUCAAGAUGGCGAUGCAUGCAUGUAACGGAGACGGAAGCAACACUGAAGUUCCGAUAGCAGCUUUCAAGUCCUGCCUGAACCUGCUGCUCAGUUCCGCAGCUCCAGACUACAAGCGAGCAGCAGUAAUCAUGAGGAAGCUCAUAGUGCUUUCUGACCAGCGGAACAAGGAUGGACCGGAGGUGCUGAAGCUGUACAGAGAAGCGAAGCACAUGCUCUUGGGACUUCAGAAUGGAGUCUAUCCGUCCGAGGAAAUCCAGUGGCUGGUCUCGACUGCUUGGAACAGAGCAGCGUUGCAAGUCAAGCUUUCCCGACUUCCAGGAGCAGAACAGUGGAUGAACAUUGCUCUGGAGCUGCUCAGCCAUGCGCCUGCUAUGGAACCUCAACGACAGGGAAUGGUGGACAGCCUCAACGAGGUGAUGAAGCAGAAGCAGGGCCAUGUCGACUUGAUGGAGGAGUGACUCGAGGCCGUUACUUCAAGUAGG